AUGGAGGAGGAGGUGAGAUGCUUCAUCCGGGUAUGGCUCGUCGCCGUUCCGGCGGCGUUCACUUACUGUUAUUCCCUCCUUUCUCUGCUCCGGGCAGGGAAGUGGCGGCUCCUCGCCCUUCUCCCCGUGGUCGUCCUCUUCGCGCUCCUGCCUCUCUCCUUCUCCACCGUCCAUGGCAGAUUGAUCUCCGCCUCCAUCCUCUCCUGGCUCGCCAUAUUCAAGCUCCUUCUCUUCGCCUUCGACCAUGGCCCGCUCUGCGACGCCAGCGCAACAAAACGGCUCUCCCUCCCGUCGUUCUUUGCCAUCGCCUCGCUUCCCAUCAUGAUCAGACGAAAACCACCGUCGUCCCCACGCUCGGGGAGAGCGGAUCCAGUCCUCACUCUCCUCGGUUUCGCCGUGAAGGGCCUCAUCCUGGCCUCCAUCAUCUCCCUCUACCCCCAGAGGCCCCGUUUCCACCGGGGCGUUGUCCUCGCGCUCUACACUAUCCAUAUGUACUUGGCGCUGGAUCUGGGGCUCGCCUGCGCCGCCGCCUUGGGCCGUGCGUUGCUGCCGGCGGGGACGGCACUGGAACCGCAGUUCGCCCCGCCGUAUCUCUGCUCGUCGCUCCAGGAUUUUUGGGGGAGACGGUGGAAUCUGAUGGUCUCCGGCAUCCUCCGCUCCGCCGUUCAUGAUCCAAUCCGGGUCAGAUGGGGCCCCACGGCCGGCGUGAUGGCGUCGUUCCUGGUCUCCGGGUUGAUGCACGAGGUCAUCUUCUUCUACGUGACCCUCCAGCCGCCGACCGGGGAGGUCGCGUCCUUCUUCGUCCUCCACGGGCUCUGUACGGUCGCCGAGAUAGCGGCGAAGAGGUGGUGGACGGGGCGGGGAAUGACGCCGCUGCACCCCGCAGUGGCGACGCCGCUGACGAUCGGGUUCUUGCUGGCGACCGGUCGGUGGUUGUUCGCGCCGCAGAUACUGAGGAUUUCAGCGGAGGAGCUGAUAGUCAAGGAGGCAGAGGCGGUGGGUUUCCUGUUCACGGGGGUUGUGGCAAGAGCGGGGUGA